AUGGUGCUUCUGCUCCUCUUAGCAGCUUUGCUGCAAGGGAAGGUUGGAGGCUCCAUCACCCAUCAGUGCUUCUACUCCACCACCCCAGCCAACAAACACGACCGCAAGUAUUGGUGCAAAAUGACACGUGGAGUUUGCUCCACCAUCAUCUCUACAACUGGCUACACCUCUGAAGACUACCAGGGGCGAGUGGCUCUGGAGGACAUCCCCCAGAAAGGCACCUUCAUGGUGACCAUGACAGAGCUGAAGGAGAACGACACGGGGACCUACCAGUGUGGCAUUGGCACCACCAACAGAGACCUGUACGUCAGGCUGGAGCUGAAGGUCUCGGCAGAUGCUGGUGUGUUCAGGCUGAUCGAGCUCGUCCAGGGAAAGCUCCGAGGCUCUGCCAUGGUCCUGUGUCCCUCUGGGGACACCCCGAGCGACGAGAAGAGGUCCUGGUGCAAGCUGGGGAGAACUGGCUGCACUCUCAUAGUCGACACCGACGGCUACGUGGGAAUGGGUUACCAAGGACGGAUCUCUAUCACCCCUCAGAAGAGCUCUGGAGCUUUCAAAAUCUUGAUAAAUGACUUAAAACAGGAAGACUCAGGGCUGUACAGGUGUGGGAUGGGAAGGUUUAGCAGCCGAGACAGCCCCCGGGUGGUGGCUCUGCAGGUGACCAGAGCCUCCACACUUCCCAGGAGACCAAAACUCCUCAGCGGCACAGUCGGAGGCUCCCUGUCUGUGAAGUGCCACCACGAUCCCCAGGGGCACUACGAGGAGAAGUACCUGUGCAGGUGGAAGGGAGGUUCCUGCUCGCUGCUCGUGGAUGCAGCUGGGUUUGUGCACCAGUCCUACAAAGGGCGAAUACAAAUAACAAGCAAUGACCAGGAAAAUGGGACUUACACGGUGCUGAUGAGCUGCCUGAGAGAGGAGGAUGCAGGGUGGUACUGGUGUGGGGCCAGGAACAGGCACACAGAGCACACGACCCCUGUGAAGCUGUUCAUCCAGAGGGGUAGGUGGUAA